UUGGCAGUGAAAUACCAGUACCAUUCCCAAGAGAGCCAGGAAUAUGACCAAGAAAACUUUGUGCUGCCCUCAUUAUUUGAUGAUAUUUUGCGAUAUACUCAGGCAUCUUAGUCAAGGAAUUUUCCAAGCAGUUGAUUUAUUGCGCUGAGUUUAGAGAAACAUCUAAAGAAGGAAAUGAAAACAGAAAUCCAAUUAUUGUACUGUACAUUACUGUAAAAAAGUAAAAGCUUCUUUUUUUUUUUUUCUAUGAGACUAUAAGGUAAAACAAUGUAAUUCAUAUACUCACUAAUUAUUACAUAGAUACAAAAGCUACAGAAGUUUGGGACAAACAACAAAAAUGUGCAGGGAUGUUGUGAAGAAAAGUCUAAAGCUCUUUAAGAAAUUUUUGAGAAGAAAUGACAUAAUUUGUAGCUAAAAAUAAUCGAAUUUGUGAGCUAGAUGUUUCACGAAUUAAGCACAUGUGCCCUGUGGAAGGAGGGGGGCAGCCGAGGGUUUUAUUUUUCUCAAAAGAAAUUCUGGGACAUGUAGAGAGAAAAAUUGAAUCAUAGAUAAAUUAUACAAAAAUACAUUUCUAUUUAUGUAGAAAAUGUAAUAAUAUGAUAAAACCUAAUGACAGUAUGCUCAAAAUUGUUCAGAGUGACUGAUUUUCUACACUAAAUAUUAAGAGUCAACUCCAGGAAAACGUUAAAUAAUUAACACACAAGCACAAACUAUAAUCCAGAUAGUUCGAUACUCAGUAAAUAUACAGGGAGUUCUUGUUGUGGCUGAUCAGGUUAUGAACCCAACUAGUAUCCAUGAGGAUGCCAUGUUCCCUGGCACUGACAGAUAAGCCCUGAUAAGUGACCACUGGAUUUGCCAGUACGGAGGUUGAUGAUAGCUUUGACAAGUGCUGUCUUGCUGCUAGUGGGCUCCAGAGAGAAUAGCUUUGUAUGGAGUAUAAUCAUAUUCAAUUACUAUGUUGUACAUCUGAAACUAAUACGAUAUUGUAAGUCAAUUAUACUUCAGUUGAAAGAGAGAGAAUUGGAGGGUGAGGAAACAGACCACAAGUAUGCCUGGGUCUUAUGAAAUGCUUUGCUACUAAAGGGACCAGAAUCACAGGGUGUCAAGUUUCACAGAAACCUCAGCGGCCUUUGUGCAAAUAGUUAAAAUCAGAAAACUACAAAAUCCAUUCAAGUUUAUAUUAUAUUAGUUCUCUACAAAUAUAUUAGUUCUCCACUCUGGGGAGAGCCCAGUUCUAUGAAACAGGAGGAUGAUGGAGAGAGGACCAAAAAGGGACAAGGCAUAUCCUAUCCUCAUGAAGAAUAUAAUAACCCUGAGAGACCCUAUAGGGUGACAGUACUUAAAUAAGGAGCAUGGGCUGUUAGGCUCCUAUAAGAAGGGGCACUGAUGCUGAAUGGAAGAUAAGGGAAGAUGGAAGUGACCAUUUGGGCUUGAAGCAUGAGGAAGAUUUAAUGAGCUUAAUAUACUUGUCAGGGAAACAAUGAAAGCACAGUUAAAAAUUAAACCAUUGAGCCAGUGAGACUCUCCCCUUUGGAAACAGAAAUGCUAAAACUUUGGGCUAAUCAUUUACCUCCUGGGGAUUAGGAAAUUUGAAGAAGCUUAGAGAAAUUUAUUUGAAUGGACUGAGGACCCUGCACCCUACCUCCCUCAGUAGGUAAAUGCCAGUUCCUGGAAGAAGAGAACCAAAAUGUCUACUACAGUAGAAGCUGAGGCCACAGAGGGUGGUACUAUCAACGAUGGUAAUUUAAACAUGGCUCAAGAGCAAACCUCCAGGAGAGGUUUUUGUUCAGUGCGUCAUGGGCUGGCCCUUAUCGUGCAUCUCUGUAAUUUUUCAAUUUCCACCCAACAAAUCAACAUGAGCAUUGCUAUGCCAGCUAUGGUGAACAACACAGCUCUGCCCACCCCACUCAAUGCCUCUAUAGAAGGGCCACCCACUGACUCCCAGGACAACUGGAAUGAAACUCUGAAGGAAGUUAAGGCAGUGGCUGCUAUGUACGACUGGAGUCCUGAAAUCCAGGGAAUAAUCCUCAGCUCACCCAACUAUUGCUCUUUCUUGGCACCAAUCCCCUGUGGAUAUAUGGCUGAAAUGUUUGGAGUCAAGUACUUGACUAGUGCUUGCUUACUUAUUAGCUCAGUCCUGAACCUCUUCAUUCCACUAGCAGCUGAUACUGGAGUGACUUGGCUCAUUGUCCUACGGAUUGUCCAAGGCAUAGCCCAGGUUAUGGUAUUAACAAGUCAGUAUUCCAUCUGGACCAGAUGGGCUCCACCACUGGAAAGGAGUCAACUCAUCACACUUAGUGUAUCAGGAUCAGUGCUGGGCUCCUGCACCAUCCUCUUUAUUGGUGGUUUCCUCUGCCAGACCCUAGGAUGGCCUACUAUCUUCUAUAUCUUUGGUGCAAUUGGCUGUUUCUCUUCUUUUCUCUGGUUUGCUCUCGUUUAUGAUGAUCCCAUGAAUCAUCCGUUUAUCAGCACGAGUGAGAAGGAAUACAUCGUCUGUUCACUGGCUCAGGAGGAUUCUCCACCAGGCUGGUCUCUUCCCAUUAAGGCUAUGAUCAAAUCCCUACCACUCUGGAGCAUUCUCAUCUUUUACUUCACUGAUUACUGGUAUUAUUAUAUUAUAACAUCAUACACACCAACAUACAUCAGCUCUGUACUUGAAGUUAACAUCAGAGAUAAUGGGAUCCUGUCAGCCCUGCCAUAUGUUUCUGCCUAUAUUUGCAUUGUCCUUGGAGGUCUAUUGGCAGAUUAUCUCUUCUCCAGAAAAAUCCUCAGACUCAAUACCAUCAGGAAACUCUUCACUGUCAUAGGGGUUGUCAUCCCAUCUGCAUUCACUGUGUCCCUUUUCUGGGUAAGAUCCAGCUUUGGCGCCACCAUCGCCUUCUUGAUACUGGCUUUUUCCUUCAAAAGCAUUGUCCAAUCAGGAGCCCUAAUCAACUUCAUGGAUAUUGCUCCUCGGUAUGGACUCCUUUGCCUGAUCCUCACAGAAGCUCAGUUCAGGCACGGAACCUUACUCAGGGGACUAUCACAAAUCUUUUCUUAUUUAUCGGGAACCAUCUCUCCCACAGUUUCUGGAUUUUUAAUCAGUCAGGCUCAACUCAUGCAGAGAAAUGACCCCCUGGUCAGAGUGUGAAGGGAAGGAGAAUGCUCCAUUGUAUGAGUUUAUGCUCUAUGAGUUCUUAGAAGAUAAAUUUCUCAUGGUAAUGAUCAAAUUUUCUAGCAAUAAUCAUGGCAUUUCUUGUAAAGUAUAAAAUGGCCAACCAUUCUGAUUUUUCUUGGGCGAAGGGAUUUCCUGGGAUGUCGUACAUUCAAUGCUAAAACCUUGAAAAUUCCAGGCAAUCUGGAAAGACGUGGUCACCCUAUGUAGGAACUCAUCAAAUAUUUAUAGAACAAAUGAGUGAAAUGCUGAGUGAAUAACAGAGUGAAGGAGCAAUCAGCACCUUACAUGUAUGCUCAUCAGUGGUUAGUGCAGAAAUCUCUCUGCCCAGUAUUGCCUGCAUAGAGUUUUUACAUUCAUACAGACUUCCAUUCUUAGAGAUGCAUUUAAAUUUGUCAGAAUGAAAAAAAUCCAUCUGAUGACUCGACAAUUUCCUAAGAAUCAUACUGACACAGACGUGACUUGAAAGAUGACAUUCACAUGCUAUCAUUCCUUAAGUUUCCUGUGGUUCCCACCAGUAAGCCAGGAAAAUGAAUGGAGAAUUACAUGAAAAGGUAGUUUUUCUGACAUCAAUGCUUUCUUUUUUUGAAACUUCCAUUCUCUUCCAGCCACUAACACAUUGUUGAGAAAUGGCAGUUUACAACAGAAAUCUCAAACUGACCUUGUUUCCCUUAUUACCCACUCAUUCACUCAUUCCUUUCUUCCUUCAUUCAACAAAUAUGCAGUGAACAUUAGCAUGUGCCAUGCACUGUAAAAGUGAAUAAAACAAACAAAUGCCCAUGACCUUGUGGAGCUGUUAUUGUAGGAAAGAAACUGUUAGAAAACUAAUGAACUAAACAAAUACAUGGUAUAUUAAAUGGUGGUAAGUGAAAAGUAAAGAGAAGAAAAAAGGGCAUAGUGUUUUUACAUUCAUAAGGAGUGGGUGGGAUUUCAAUUUUAAGUAGGGUGCCCAAGGAAAGGCUCAUUGAAAAAGAACAUCUAAACAAGGAUGAGAAGCAAGCAAAUGGAUGAGACAAGUGGUUGAGGGGAAGAACAUUCCAAUGGAGGGAAAGGCCAGAGUACCAGAAAUGUACCCGAAUAUUAUAGGAGCAACAAGGAAGCCCACAGAGGCUGGAGGCAGUAGGACAUGGAGCCAGAGCCUUCCUGACCCAGGAGGUCCAAGAACUAGAAAACCAUUAAUAACAUGUAGUUUCUUGCCUACAGGAUUCAGAGUUUGGUUGGAGAAAUGUCUUCUUGCUUUCAUUUGCUGUGGGCAUGGCAGGCCUGUUUUUCUACCUCAUCUUUGGCCAAGCAGAGGUACAGGACUGGGCAAAAGGCAGACCUUCACCCACUUCUGAGCAAACUGAGUGAUGCCUCAGAUGCCAGCACUUAGAUGGUCAUUGUAUCCUCAUGGAUAUUCCCCUCUUAUGUCUGUUUGACUGAUUAGCUUUUCAACUUGAAUGGACUUUGUUUCCACUAUCUUCUCAGAGACCUUGGCUAUGUAAUACUGCAAGUUCUUCCUGGAGUUUUAUAGGGGACUGGGAAGGGAAGGUGAAUCAUUUAACUGUGGGCUCCUGAAAGUAAAGGUGUAUUUGAAUCUUGAUGGGUUCUCCACUCUUUCCACCAUUAUUGUGGCAUAAUAAGAAGUGUAUAUUUGGUUGCUACCCUCCAUCUCUGGCACAGGGCUCCUAAAACCCUUGUAAUUUCUUGGUUUUAGUCACUGGUACCUGACAGAAGAGCUCCUAAGAUCUUUUGGUGUCUCUGGAGUUUGGUGUACUAAUGAGAUGAUUGGUUGCUAGAAGCUCUAUGUAACUUCAGAAUGGGGGUUGAUUGACAAAAAGACCAAGGCUUGAUUAGAAGGUUAGAACUUUCGGUUCUACCAUCCCCUGUCUAGGGAGAGGAGAAGGGCUGGAGAUUUAGUUUUUCAUCAAUAGGCAAUUAUUUAUUCAAUCAACUAUGCCUACACUAUAAAACCUCUGUAAAAAUCCUAAACAGGGGAGUUCUGAGAACUUCUGAGUGGUGAGCACAUAGAGGUACUGGGAGAAUGGUGCACCUGGAAAGGGCCUGGAUGCUCUGCAUCCCUUCCCACAUAGCUUGCCUUCUGCACCUCUUCCAUUUGACUGUUUUUGAGUUGCAUUCUUUAAUAUAGAAACCAGUACUAGUAGGUAAACUAUCUUCCUGGAUUCUGUGAGUCAUGCUAGCAAAUUAUCAAACCUGAGGAGGGGGCUAUAGGAAUCCUCAAUUUCAAAGCUAAAUCAAACAGAAAUGUAGGACCUUGGGCACCUACUACUUUGAUGUCUGGGUAGUUGCUAUCAGAAUUGAAUUAAAUCAUAGGACAUCCAGUUUGUGUCUGCAGAGAACUGCUUGGUGUGGGAAACUCACAUAUUUGGUGUCUUAAGUAUUUUGAGUAGCAAAACAAUUUUCCUUUAGUUAUUCUGGUAAAAGCCUCAGGGGCUGGAAGACAAUUUCUUACCAAAGCAAAGGAAGCCAGAACCGUGAGAGAAGAAAUUGAGAAUCAUCAUAGGGAUUGUACCCAAAUAAGAUGAAUCCUGAAAGCUAUCAUCAAAAGAAAACCUGAAACACAGAAACCACAGUGCAUACAACCCAAAGUCCUGGGCUAAGAGGACAGAGCAGGAGAAGUCACCCUCAUAUUAAGUGAGGAGGGAUGCAGAGCUAUUCUGAGGUUUGUCAUGGACUAGAUGCCCAGGUGAAAAAUGCCAGGGAGGCAAGGACAACAAAGGCUGUGUCCAUUGUACCAAGAGGAAGAAACAUGUCUGCAACUAAUUGGGGUAGAGUAGGAGACUUCAACUCUUUCAGACAACUUGCUUUCUAUAGAUGCCAGCUUUGGAAUCAGACCUCCUAUGGAACCCUGCAGUGUUGGGUCACUCUCCAGAGUCGGCUCUUUCACAACUAUCUUCUUUCUGGCCAUCAUGACCUCUGUCUCAAAGCUGGCUUGCAGAUCCACGCAGAUUUCUUGUAUCUUGGUGAACAUUGUCCAGUUUCUCCCCUACCCCCUUAAACAUUUGUUCCUUCUGCCAUUCCUGUCUCAGACACCUUUCCUUUGCCCCUCUAUUGGCAUCCUACCUGCCUUUGGUGGGGCUCAUUCAUCUCAUUAACCUAACACAUCUUCCAAAAUGCAGGUAUAAGACCUGUGCUGGCUUACCCCCAUUCCAAAUGUCUGGAGAGUGUGUUUGGUGGAUCUGCUUUCAUUAAGAACCCAUUUGGGCAGCCUGGGGACCAUAAAAGAGAGCACUAACUUUAAGCACUAAAUAAAUAUUAAUGAACAUAAAACAUGGGACAUGGCAAAGACCAAAGCCAAACAUAGCUUCAGGGAGCUCAACAUCUCAAGAUGGUGGAUGACUUUUAAUCAAAUUACCACACAUGUGAAUGUGCAAUGAUUGGAAUGAGAGGUAUAUCGGGCUAUGCACAUGAAUGAUAAGGGCAUACAGGUGAGUCUGAGGGUGAGGGAGGGCUCCUACUACAAAGUUUCAAUUCAACUGGGAUCUGAAGAUCAACAGUUAAUGCAAGGAUUGGAUGGAGAGGAUGUUCUAGGAAUAUGGUACAGAAUAAGCAGUUUUGGUGGCAGGAGGGAGCAAUCAACUAUGGCCAGAGUACAGAGAGUAAGAGAAGCACAGUUUUUGAGGAAACUGUAGUAGGUAGAGUGAUGGGGUUCAGGACAAAACAUGGCACUUUGUAAUAUUAGCUAUCUUAAGCUGAAGGAAGUUUUUUUAAUGGUAGAAGAAGGAAGUACACUCUGAUCUCUCCCCAUUGCCCUACUUUCUGAAACAGGUCAUAAAACUCCUAUGUGAAAGGUGCCCUCUCUGCACCUGGAGGAAAGGAGACAUUAUCACCAGAGACAGAGAACUAGGGGCUAAGAAAUCUGUACACACCAAUCUGUUAAACUAACCCUUUUCUUCUGAGUCACUUCUUCGAUAUUUACUACCCUUUGCCCAAAUCACUUUAUCUUGUCAAUUCUUCACAAGUGUAUUGUUUGUCUAAAAGGUAUAAAACCUUCCUGCUCUGGUCACUUCUUCAGGUCUUCAUUCUCUGAGAGGGCUCCCUUGUGCAUGUUAAAAUUCAAUAGAAUUUGGAUGCUUUUUCUCCUAUUGAUCUGUGUCUGUCAGUUUAAUUUCCAGAUUCAGCCAGGGACCCUAAGAGGGGAAAGGAAAACUUUCUCCUUUUCUACAAGAGCAAGAAUGCACAGGGCACUGUGGGACCAGGGAGGUGCAUUGAUCUUUAUCUGUAAAUCAGUGGGAGGUGUUUUAAUUGGGGCAGGGGAGAGAAGUAACCAAGGUUCUCUUUUUCAAAGGUUCCCCUACAUGAGGGACUAGGUUGAAGUAGGUAGGAGUUCACCGUGUGGUCCAGGGCAGAGUGACAGCCCCUGAUAGGAGGAGGGGAUAUGGUGAGAGAUGAAUAGAUUAUUUGACUUAAAGGAUAAACCUGACAAGACUUGCUAAAUGAGAGAGGGGAAGAUGUCUGGAGUGACUCCUAGGUUUUGGUUUGAUACUAGAAGGAUGGGGGUGCCUCCCAUUUAGAAAGAGAUCAUACCCAAGUGAAGGUGACAAGGGAAAUGGAUACAUACAUCUGAAUUUCAUAUGGAAGAUCUGGGCUUCAGUUAUAAAUUUAGGAAACAUCUAGAUGUCAGAGUGGCCAUUAAAAUUCUUAGCAUGGUUGAGAUUGCCCAGGAUGACAAGAGAGUGUAAGAAGAGAAAGCCUGGGAAAAAACCUUCAGGAAUGCUAACAUUUAAUGGCCAGGUAGGGAAUGUUUAGUCUUAAUUAAAAAAAAAAAAAA